GUUUUUUUGUUUGUUUCCUACAAACUCUAAAACCCUAAAUUCUUCUUCUCAAAGCAGCCACACACACACACACACACCUCCACAUCUUCCUCUUUCACUAGCUAUGGAGUUUUGGGGUAUUGAGAUUAAGCCAGAGAAGCCUUUUAAGAUGAUUUCAAAAGAUGGAUACAUGGUCCAUGCCAAUCAGGUUACUCUUGGUGAGGUUGACAAGGUUAAAGAAGAUGAGAAUGUUCCCGUUUAUGUGAAGAUUGGUGAUGAUAAGAGUGGGUUUAUCAUUGGAAACCUCUCGCAGAAGUUUCCUCAAGUUUCUCUUGAUAUCUUCUUAGGGCAUGAGUUUGAGAUUUCUCACAACUCUAAAACAAGUGUCUAUCUUAUUGGCUACAGGACCCCUAUGGACGAACAGGAUGAGGAGAUUGAUUCCGAUUCUGAGUUAGAGGAAUUUAUGGAACAACAAAUUGAUGCUUUGCCUCAAAAUGAGAUGAAUAAUGAGAUGAAUCCUGAAGAAGAUGGGUCAUCCGACGACUCAGAUGAGAUGGGUUUGGACGAGGAUGAUGAGUCUUCGGAUGAAGAAGACGUAGAGGCUGAAGCACAGGUUCCUCCGAGCAAGAAGAUGUCAAAUGGUAUACAUGGGAUACCUAAAGGUGGAGACAAGAACAAGUCAUCAGGAGGGAAAAAGAGAUGUCCAUUCCCUUGUGGUUCUUCCUGCAAAAAGUAGAGGAUAUAUGCACACACCAAAUCACAUUUUUCCAUAGAAAUUUGUACUUGUUUUUAUUAUUCAAAAUUUUGGAUAGUUUACUUUACCCUAUUGGUGAAUGUUUGAGUGACUUAUGAGGUUUUUGGGGUUGAAAAUUUUGGGAUUAUUCUGUCGUUUUGGAGUUUUAAUGGUUUAAAACUUUAAGGUGGUGUUAUUCAAUGAUGGA